AUGAUCCUAAAGUCUGCCAACCGUUCCAAUACCGAGGAUGCGGCGGAAAUUCGAAUCGGUUUGCCACAUCCCAGGAGUGCAAGGAUGCGUGCCCUGGAGGAGCCAAGGGGACCAAGAGCAAUGACGCCCCGGCAGGGGCAGCUCUGGCUGGAAGUGAUGCAGUGUUCGUGCCGAGAGGAACAUCUCCACGAUCAAUGGAUGAAAGCCGAAAAAUGCGGUUCCAACUACUUGAUACCUAAUGCGCAAUAUAUUCUUCCGAAUCCUUCGUGCCCACCUAACCACGAAUUGAAGAACGGCGUAUGUUGCCCCACAAAAGUAAACUAUCCGAUUAAGAUUUUGUCUGCUCACUCCGUGACGAUUCUGGCUCCUUUGUGGAUGGUAUUGAAGAUCGACCACGAUUCUCGUGGAAUCAUGCGGUGA